AUGAAACUCUUUACGGUAUUGUUCGUUAUCGCUUUCGCGGUUGUCCUGGUUGAAGGUCAACGAGAAUUCGGACGUCGAGGAUCUCGUGGUUUUAAUGGAUUUCGUGGACUUCGUGGACCAGGCCGACUAGGUGGACGAGGCGGUCCAGGUGGACCAGGUGGUCGUGGCGGUCCACGACUAAUCGUUGGACAACCAGGUUUUGGAGGUUUCGGAGGAUGUGGUGGUGGCAAUCGUCAUCGCCAUCAUCAUCGUCGUUCAACCGCUGCACCAUCGACUGUCGCACCAGCAGCUUCUUCGUCAUCAUCUGCCGCACCAUCGACUGUCGCACCAGCAGCUUCUUCGUCAUCAUCUGCCGCGCCAUCAACCACUGCACCAUCGACUGUCGCACCAGCAGCUUCUUCUUCAUCAUCUUCUGCCGCGCCAUCAACUGCUGCACCCUCAACUGCAGCACCAUCAACAGCUGCACCAACAACUGUUGCAGCAUAA